AUGGGUGACGGUGUAUUGGAAGCUGCGCGCUGGAUCCUGGAGGAUGUCGCUGAACAGAGCGACGAGAAUUCAGAUCAGGCCAGCAUGGCAUGGCUGAAAAAUGCGCCGUUGAAAGCACUGUCUCCUUCCAGGUUUGGGACAUGCCUUGUGCAGCGCUUGCACACAUCUGCUGUCACAUCCCUGCGCAUGCGAGUUGCAGGCAUGCAUGUCAGCGCUGAUGAUGCCGCAGAGGACGUCACUGUCUGCUUUGAGGACGCAGCUGCAUGUUUCUCUUCCAUAGAGGUCAGCUGUGGAUCCACAUGGGAGUUCAAGAGAACCCUCAGUCCUCGAAGUGAUGCGCUCUGCCUCGGCUCCAAGUUUCCUGGCCUGUACUCAGUCAUGACGAGCAGGGACACCAACCCUUCCCUUCUGCUGCUGACAGUGGGCAGGCUGCCCCCCAUCGCAUCCUUCGAGGUUAAGGAGCAUGCCGCACAGGGGACUCUGGCGCUGUUCUCUGACAUGGCAAGCACUGCAGUGUCUGGCAUGGCUGGCCUGGCGAAAGCUGCCAUUGUUGGCAGGGACGAUGGGUAUCGAGCAGGCCUGCGCAAGUGGCUGAGGGGUAGAGGGGAGUCUCACAGUUCUGAAGCCCCUAGUUCUCCUAUGACACCCACAGAUGAUGUCCCCCAGGCAGCAGAGCCCGCCACACUCUGGCGCUCAUUCAAGGAUGAUGCACGCCACAUCACAUCCCUCACCCCUGCACCAAGGGGCUCGUUUGCAGCGGUCACAGACAACCUGGGCAGAGUGCUGCUCAUUGACACAGCCACAGCAGCCAUUCUGCAAGUCUUCAAGGGCUACAGAGAUGCGCAGUGUGCAUGGUUGUGCCUGCAACUGCCAGCAAGGCCAGUGGAUGCGCAUGCCAGUGCUGCCACUGCCAGCACUGCAUGCCAGCAAUCAGUCACUGCUGACACCAGCAAUGCGCAGCCGCUGCACGAGGCACACUUGAAUGACCAUCAUGAGGGCCCAGCCAGAACAGAUGGAAGGCAACCUGCGGGUAUGGGAGCAGCCAGCAGUGCAUCGGUGAACAGAGCAUCAGAGAGGCGUGCUGCAGGGCCACCAGGCAGCAGUGACAGGGGAGCAAGCGAGCAGCUGCUUCUGGCCGUGCAUGCUCCCAAACGCGGCGCAGUGGAAGUCUGGGAGAUGACGCAUGCCACCAGAGUGUGUAGCAUCAAAAUAGGCCCGGACUGCUGCAUGCUCUCAACUGCCCCCGUGUUUGGCCGAGGGCAGCAGCAGCAUCACAGGGAACACGUGCAUGUGGAGCGCUCCAACCAGUGCUGGAUGCUGGACUGCCAGAAGGGCCACCUGUGGAGCCUUGAGGAAGCAGUGAUCGCUGUUUCCAAUUGUAACCCAUAG